ACAACAACAGUGCGCGUGUGUUGCAGUGAGUGAGCUCGCGCGCCGGGGGUUGAAACGGUGUCUCGCGCUGUAAAUAUGGAAAUAAACUUUUAUUAACAUUAAUAAAUAUGUUAUGAUUAUGUAGCCUCUUAAAAACAGCUCAGGUCAAUUUCUGGAGGUUGCCUCCGCCGGUAAGAAGCGACAUGUACAGCGGGCUUCUGCCGAAGGGGCUGAGCGAGGCUGAUGUGAGCAGCAGCGGAGAAGAGGAGGAGGACAGCCGGCUCAAGGCUCCCUCACCCGGGGCUGAGCCGGACCUCCGCCCGCCCUCUCCUCCAGCCUCCAAUCUGUCCUACCGAGCAGAGGCCGGGUCCGGCUGUGCUAGCGGUCAGACUGGGCCCUCCACGGACGGCUGUUUACCCGGGGUUCCUCCACAGCUGUGGCAGAAAUUUAAAGAUCUCCAAAGGGAAAAAGAAGAUCAGAAGUUGGAUCAACCUCACAGAAAACGGCGGAGGAAAACACGGCACCAAAAAGACAGCACUCAAGAAAAGGAUGGUGAUACGGAACAAAAAAGGGAGUGUGAAGAGGAGCGCGGGAAGCACUGGGAGGAGCUAACGCAGUAUUUUGGCACCAACGAGCGAUUCCAGCCUCCUGCCUGUAGCAGGCCUCCGCUUAAGUCAGGCCUGGAAAAGAGCAUGGAGAGCGCCAUCGCUGAAGGGGACUACGCCAAGGCAGAGGAGCUGAGUGACAGGCUGGCUACUCGCGAGCUGGCCGUGAAGAUCGCGGAAGCCGCCGACUGCCGUGACUUCGCCCACAAGAGGAGGCAAGAGGAGGCUUCUAGGAACGCCCGAAAGAAGAGGAAGCAGUUGGCUUGGGGCUUUGAGGCGAAGAAAAGGUGGGAAACCAAAAGCAACAUGGGCUUCAUGUGACGUUUUCCCGGCUAUCCAGAUGUUACAGUGUCUAUGUAAACUUGGGAUGCACCAUAUAUAAUAUUCAGCAGCUGAAAUUAAAAUUAUUCAUCUAAAAAUGGCAUAAGAAGCACUUUCAUUGUUUAGCCCAGUGAAAAGUAAAAAAAAAAACACACAAUUACUAAUUUAUAUUAACCCUUUAAUAUCCUGCUCAAUGUUUUUUGGUUGAGCAGAAUUUAUGCCAUCUCAACCAAUCAGCAGAGGUAUAUAUAGGACUGAACAUAUCCAAUAGAGGGCGCUGUGUCUGCCUUUUUAGUUCUUAUCCGUAAACCAUGACCCAUGUUGAUUGUUUUUGGUAAUUUUUUUGGAAGAUAAGCAAAUAAUUUUCAGCUGAAAUUCAGAGAUUUUAAUCAAAGCAAUGAAAUUACUUUUAUACAACAACAACAGAUAUUUUUUUGAUAUUUUUUAUUUUGUGUACAACAAAAUGUCACCUAAAUUUUUGUAUGUAAAAAAAAACAGUGUCUUUAAAAAUAUUUUUUUUUUCCCCUCUUUUUCUUUUUGUUUUUAUUAUUGCCACAAACACAAAACAUACAAAAUACAUUAUACUUUUUUUGUUGUAAGGACAUUAAAGGUUUAAGAAAUAUUGUACUUUGUUGAUGUGUGCUGGGAUGUUAAAAAUGUUGAAAAGCAAUGUUCCUUUAAAAUCAAGGCAAAAUUUAUGUUGAUUUUUUUUUUCUUUUUUUGUGUUCAUUUCGGUGCAUCGCUACUGUAAUCGAUGUAUAUGAUGUCCCUAUUUUGCAGAUUUCUUUUUAUUAUUUUUUUUUUUAAUCAAUCCAUUUUUUUUUUUCCAUUUUAUUUUUUUUUUUUUCAUGGAAAUAAAAAGAACACCAGUGUCGGCGACAGCAGUGUUUGCUGCUGGUUACUUAAAUAAACAGCCUUCUCCUUCCCA